AUGUCUGUCUCCCGAGAAGUCACUUGGUUGCAAGGUUUGCCCAACAACCUAGAGUCUAUCAGUAGGAGGAAACAAAAGUAUUGGAGAGGCAUAAAGGUGAUAUUCCCAAGUGGAGAGAUACACAAGUUUGAAGAAGCAGUGAAAGCAGCCGAACUUAUGGUUGAGAUGCCAAGUUUCUUUGUGGUAAACACUCGUUCACUGCAGAUUGGAACAAGGUUUUGCGCCCUCAAUGCGGAUGAGGAACUAGAGUAUGGUAAUGUUUAUGUGAUGAUUCCAAUGAAGAAGCUUCACUCUGCUGUCACAGCAGCUGAUAUGGGUUCCUUGCUACUCACUGCAAAAAGGGUCUCUGCAAAAAUGAACAAGAUUCUUCCUUCGGCAGAAUCUAAUUUGGAAAUGGAAUCACAACCAAAGUUGGACUUGGAUGACAUUGAUCAAGACUUGUCUAUGCACAGGUUGUCCUUAUGCAGCAGGUCAAAGAAGCCUUUGUUGGAGAUCAUAGCAGAAGAAACAGUGUGCUGAAGCUGAAUUCAAAUUCAAAGCUUUCUUUCUUCUCAUCUGAGCUACCAAGCGCCAAGUCCAGCGUGUGGGCUUUCCUGUUUUCUUUUUGAUUGAUUGGUGUCAUUCUCUAUAUUGUUAAGAGUUACACGGGCACAUCAUUUUUAUUUAUUAUAUAUGAUAUGAUUGGAUUUGUAUGUAUGUACUAUACUCAACCAAACGGAUUUGUAUGUAUGUACUAUACUCAACCAAACUAAUUCAAAACAUUAUGUAAUAGGAUUAGGCUAUUCUUUUAUUCAA